CUUGACAAAAGUUUCCAAUCGAAAUUUGAAACCCUAGCACACCAUUUUCUGUCUUUCUCUAACGAAUUACAGCUUUCAUGGAAGGAGAAGCAGAAUUUUGCUGUAAUUAACUAUUUAAGCUUCGAUUCAAUGUCUUCGCAAGAAGUUCAGGUAUCGCCUCAUACGAAUUCUAUGAAUCCUUCUCCUGUGAUCGUAUGUGCGUUGAGUGCUUCAUCUAAUUAUGCAAUUAAAAAAUCUAAGCAUAAUCAUAUUAUUAAAACCAAUCAUUGCGACAAUGAUUAUGCUGUUCGCUUUGUUUCUCCUUAUUUUACCAACAAAGAGAAUGAUGUGCAUGUGCUGGAUAAUUUAGAUAAAUCUAUGCUUGUUCGUAAGAGACUAAAUUCUGGGAAUGAAACGCUUGUUGUUAUGAAUAUGAUGAGCAAUGCUGAAAAAACUACUGUGAUGAGUGGCAACAAUGGAAAGGAGAUAAUUAGGAAAAAAAGGAAGGAGAAACCACGGAGUGAUGGGUUACAUGCCGAAAUUGAGAAUGUAGGGAAUGAUAUAAGUGAUCAAGAUAUUCAGGAGAAAAAAGAGCAGACGGAAAGGAAGAGGAAGGAAAAAGAUCGAGUUGAUCAGCCGCGUGGAAAUAUCAAGAAUGCGGGGAAGAAUCAUAUGCUGGUAAAAGCGAUGGAGAUUGACAGCGAUUGUUUUGGGAGGGAGAAUAGUGAAAAACCCGUUAAGGACGGGAAAUCACCUAGCGGGGUGGUGUUGGAUUUCCAACAAGAAGCCGGUGUUCCUGUUGUGAGGGUUAAACACGAGGGUAGCCAUGGAGAAUGUAAGGAGAAGGAAAAUGGGAGCGAGUUUCCUAUCGGUUCGAUGAAUGGGAAUGAGGGGACAGUUGUUUCUGCAGAUUUUUUGAAGAAUGACAGCAAGGAGAAGAAAAGGAGGAAAAGGAAGAUGGAGCCACCAACUGAUCAAACAUGUGGUGGAAUUGAGAUUGCGGUGAAACCGUUGCUGGAGAAGAGGCAAAGUGAGGGUGAUUGUUAUGAUGAGAGAGAGGAAAAUGAGCAACCUGUUGAGUACUGGAGUACACCAAGAGGAGUGUCCUUGGAUCUUCAAGGAAAAGCUGAUAAUUCUGAUAUGUUGGUCAAGUACGAAGUGAAGCAUGAAGACGUUGAGGAGACGGAAAGGAGAAGGAAACUCUUAGUUCGUGCGAAGAAUGACUGUGAGAAGAGAUUAGUUUCUCCAUUUUUUGCCAAGAGUGAUCACAAGGUCAAGGUGAAGGAGGAGAAAAAAAGCAAGAGGAAGAAAAAAAUUCAAAAUGAUCUACCUUAUGGUGAAGAUGAGACAGAGUCCUUUGAUGUCACAUUACCGAAAGCGAAAGCCAUUUCUCCAUAUUUCAUGAAAAAGGAGGCUCAUGAUAGUAGCAUCUUAAAAACUCAAAACUUGAAGGAAAUAGAGAAGAAAGUAAGGAAGCAGAGAAAUAGCAGGGAAAGAACUCGUGAGGGAGAUGAGGAACUGGAAAGGGAAGUGAAAAAGUCGAGGAAGAACAAGAAAAAUGUUACUCUUAUUGACCAAUGCUGCACGGAGAACAAUGAUGAAAACAAGACUCUGGUUUUGGGACUUCCUUGUCUCAACCUUAAGGUGGAAAAUGAAGUAGCGCAUGAGUCAGCUUGCCGGCAAUACUUGAUCAAUCAGAGAUGCUACGAAGCUAAGGUUGAUGGGGAGGAUGAAAGUGGAGAAACUGACAGUAAAAAGGAUUGUGCUGAUCACGGAAUUUCUCAUGAAGUAGCUUUUGCUUGCUUUGGAAGUGCCAAGACAAAACGAGUGAAAUCCUUGCAUCAAUUGAAGGUUGAAAAGAGUGAAGAUGGUCUGGAUAUAAAUGGCGGUGAAGGAGGGAGCGACGUGAUGAUUAGCAGUAUCAAUCAGAAAGUUGAAAAGAAGAAGAGAAAAAAGACUGCAUCUCGAAAGUGCGAUGCUGCUGGUCAAGAGGAUGAUCUUGUCCCCUCAUCAAUGGAUUCCAGAAAAGAGAAAUUGACACAUGACAUCCAAGACUGUCAAAAAGCUUCACCAACUAAGGCUGUCUCUCCAUACUUCCAAAAGUUAUCUGAGGAAGAUGCUGAAAGAGAUGAGUCUAAUUGUAAAUGUCAAAGAAAGAAAACGGUUACCAGGACUAUGAACAUAAAGUUUGAGGAGUUACUUUCCAAAUUUACUUACAAGGGUGGCAACCACAUGAAUAGUGAAGUGGGACAUGGGGGCAGAAACAAAGAUGAUAGUGCUGGAAAAGGUAAGAAAGAUAAGAAGCAUCGAAGUGACAGGAAUCUUAGUGCUGCCCAGAAGCGAGGUGAGGCUUACCGAAAAAAGGCUCGAGACUGUACCUGGAAGCCGCCCAUCUCCCCUUACGAUCUUCUGCAAGAGGAUCAUGCUGAUGACCCCUGGAGAGUUUUGGUGAUCUGUCUUCUUCUAAAUGUCACUACUGGAGGGCAGGUCAAGCAAGUACUGUCGCACUUUUUUGAUGUCUUCCCCAGUGCAGCAGCUGCUGUUGCCGCUGAUGAGAUCAGAAUGGCAAGUUUGAUCCAAAGUUUAGGGUUGUGUAGAAAGAGAACAUAUACUAUCAAGCGAUUUUCUGAGGAGUAUUUGUCCGACAAAUGGACGCACGUAACUCAGCUGUAUGGGAUCGGAAAGUAUGCUGCUGAUGCAUAUGCAAUCUUUUGUACUGGUAAGUGGCGCCAAGUAACCCCAAAGGACCAUAUGCUAAAUUAUUAUUGGAAUUUUCUCCAGAAAAGUGGUCUGAAGGAGGUGGCUUUCUAACUUAUCAAUUGACAGGAAUUAGAUCAAUUACUUGGUUAGUUGGUUGUGUGCCAGUCCAUUAUCAUCUGGAGCUCGGUGAUUUACUUGGAAAUGGGAUAGCAUAAUUUUGUGGGUUCAUAUUUAUAUAAAUAUAUUGAAAGGGAUCCCUAUGAAAGAAAUUUUUGUUAUUUGACACUUUUCAAUGCAUGUCACAAAGCACUUUUCUCAAGAUUUUAA